UCCUCCUGCGCUCUUCCAUCCUCCGCACCGCCGCUCCGGGACGCACCGGGACUCGGCCGCUCACCUCCACAGGACGCGCCCCGCUGGCCACCUCUGGGUGCCAACACCGGACUCUGCCAACACUACACACAAUGGUCUUUGGCGUUAAAACUUUGUGAAGAGGCUUUGGUUGUCAGUUUUUUUUUCUCCACUCGGAGGCUCAGUUCGCUGCGCUCAGGGCGCACAGCUACCUGUGAGGACUUGCCCGCGCCCCGAGUGGGGGAGUGAAGCCCGAGGAGACACACCUUUUACCUCGCUGUCCCUCUGAAAACGGAGGGGAGAAAAAAACACCGAUCUGCACACUGAAAAUGUCGGCAAAUGAAAGAGCAACCCGGGACCUGAGAGAGAUCCUGCAAAAGCCUGGAAAUGACGCCUGCGCAGACUGCGGCGCGCCGGAUCCUACGUGGGGCUCCUGCUCCCUGGGAGUGUUCAUCUGUCUGGCCUGCUCCGGGGUCCACCGCAACUUCCCCGACAUCAGCAAGGUCAAGUCCCUGAGCCUGUCCCGCUGGGAGGACCACGAGGUGCAGUUCAUGGCGGAGAAUGGCAACGAGCUGAUGAGGAGUAAAUAUGAGGCGGCCGUUCCCGUCUACUACUACAAACCCACCCACAAGGACUGCCAGGUGUUGAGGGAGCAGUGGAUUCGAGCCAAGUACGAGAGGAAAGAGUUCACCGACCCUGGAAACAGCUUAACUUAUGAGGAAGGAACCAGAGACGGCUUGUUGAUGAAGAGGGGGCGGGACAACGGACAGUUCCUGAGCAGGCGAUUCGUCCUUUCCGAGCGGGAGGGGACUUUGAAGUACUUUACCAAAUAUGACGCUAAGGAGCCCAAAGCAGUGAUCAAGGUGGACACCAUCAACGCAACCUUCCAGCCAGAGAAGAUAGGGAACCCCAACGGCCUGCAGAUCACCUACCUCAAAGACUACAGCACCCGCAACAUCUUCAUUUAUCACGACAGUGGCAAGGAGAUCGUCGACUGGUUCAAUUCAAUCCGUGCAGUUCAGCUCCACUAUCUAAAGGUGGCCUUUCCUGGAGCGACUGAUGCUGAGCUGGUACCCAAACUUACCCGCAACUUUCUCAAGGAAGGAUACAUGGAAAAAACAGGUCCCAGGCAAACAGAAGGUUUCAAGAAACGCUGGUUUACCCUGGACCACAGACGACUCAUGUACUUCAAAGACCCACUGGAUGCUUUUGCCAAAGGGGAAGUUUUCUUGGGGAACAGGGACCACGGUUACAACGCCUCCCCCGGCCUGCCUGCUGGCACCCACUGCAAUGGUGCCUGGCAACACGGCAUCACCAUAGAAACACCUGACCGCUGCUUCCUGUUUACCUGCGAGACAGAGAGUGACCAGCAGGACUGGCUGAAACACUUCACUGAUGUCAUGAGUGCUCAAAUGUCCCCUCAGGAGUACACAAUGGAGGCCUUGUUCAAGCACAGACAUUGAUGGACCGGCGGGACCAUUUCCUCUCCUCUCCGCCCAUCACUGUCCUGACUCGGGACCCACAAAAGUUCUGCCACUGACCUGAAAUCUGACCUUCAUCACCACUGUGGUCACACCGGAGCUUGUUGCUAAAUCCCAGAGCGAUGGCCGGGAGAUUAGGAAUGCAAACAAGAGGACCAAGGCAACACUGAUUGGUACAUGAGAAGAAAACACUUUCAUGCCACAUUGAUAUUUGACUUUAAUUUGGCGGUGACUUGCUAUUGUUUGAUGUUUGCACACAUAAAAGAUCACUUGCAAAUCUUUUUCCUUUCCGUUGGUCAUGUUUGAAUGCCGAGCCGGUGUUCUUUGGUGAUAGCACUGCCUUUGUGCCAGGAGACUUAAGACAGAAAAGGAUGGAUCCUGACUAAGUUUAAAAGCCUAAAACAGUAUUUAUUGUACAUUAAAUGCAAAUUCUAAAAAGCCUUGAAGGUGAAAAGUGCCUUGGUCCUCUUGUAUUGUGUGUCACUGAUGAUUGGUUACAUGCUAUUCGGGUUCAUGCCUCUUUUCAUGGAAGAGAUUUUGAUAUGACACAGUGGGAAAAGCACGAUGGCUGCAUUCCAUUUAGCUGCUAGGGUCCUGGUGUCGUGCAUGCUGGCUCACUGCUGUUAAAUGGAGCUGUGUUGUUUUUUUUUUUUGCUAUGACACUUCAAAAUAUCUGCUGUGAAAAAGGUACAGGGGUCCAGCCCCAGGUGCAGGCCGUGAGGACAGAAAUAAAGCUUGUUCCAUUCCCUGUGGUCAGGGGUAGAUUGGCAAUUAUUCUACUCAACAGCAACGUUGCUCAUUGGUUGUUUAUUGAAGCUUUUAAACCACUCGUCAUGGACUCGUACAAGACCAAACUUUAUUUUCUUUUAUCUUCCAAGCCCAGUAAUAUCUUCAGACAUGCUACGAUACAGUUUUAUCAUGAAUUCAACAUGUCAUCAAUGGUUUUGUAAGUUUUCUUUUUUAGAAAACUGUAUUUAAGCUUCCGUUAAAGAUGUACAAUGACAAUGAAGCAGAUUUGUAAAUGCGCCGGGACGGAAAAGAUGGAAACACUACAAAAUCCUGGAUGGUCUAACAGCACCUCCAUGUGGCAUAAAGAACAUAUACUAAGUGUUUGUUAAAACACGCAGUAAUCUUUUUAUGUUUUUUUCUCAGCUGACAGUUUUAAUGGUACUUUUUUUCCCCCUUUUCUUUUUCUUCUUUCAGUUUAACAGGUACUCAUGUUAAUGUGUCCAUUUAUUUUAAAGGUGUUUCGAUGUUUGGCUGAUUGAGAUAGAAUAUGAAAUUAUUGAUAACCCUAAAUAAAAAAAGAAUAUUUCUUCCAAA